CGGUUCUCUAUCGUCAUCAACCCUCUUGCCGAAGUUGCCACGGCACCAGCCGCGGCGCUCUUGCCGGUGAGUGUCCCGUACAAGGACUUGGCUGUCAGGCGGUUGUCAAAUCGCAAGUUUUCCAAACUUCACCACCUCUUCAGCAGGCAUGGCUUAGGACAUUGACGAAUCUGGAAAAAUAACCGUUGAAUGAGAUCUAACGAGUCUGAUCUGAUGACUGCUUGUUAGUUGGCGAAUCCUGCUGAAACUUCCAUGGUAAAUCACAUCGAAAUCUACGUAAGAGAUAUCUCGCAGGUGUUUCUAUCCAUCCACGCCAGGUGGUUACUAGCUAUUGCCCAAUACUUUAAGAAAUAUACCAUGAAUGAAUAUGUAUCCAAAUUCAUAACUAUCUGUUAGCUAAUUAUUAGCUGCUGACAUCUUAGAAAUAGUUGUUGUUAGCGGUGUAGUCCUCAGAGAACACUGUAAGCUGGUCAUCAAGACACGGUGUUGAACACUUGUUGAACAUUAAGAUCGCAAGACAUAAUAAUGACAGCGAACAUUACUUGUCUGUUUUUCAUCAAGCAUUAUGUUACGGAUUCGCUUCGCUGAAGACAUUGAGAUAUUGUCAAAAAAAUGUGAAAGAUUUUUCUCGAUACAAACGAGGACUGAAAAAUAAAGUCCCGAAAGCCAAAAUCCCGAAGUUUACGAGAAAUUCAAGCUGCUUAUCAACGAGACAUCUGAAACAUGUUUUAUAGCACCAUGUGGGGCAACUGUGGCGGAUUCGGUGGAAGACCUUUCGUUCCAGAAGUGAUGUGGCCCUAUUUCAAUGGUUUGCUCCCAGUCGACUUGGAAAAUAUGCCAGAAGAUGCAGAUACUGACCAGCACGUAGGAAUGCGACCGUCCCUUUCGCCGCCGCCCCUCAGCGCCUCCUCACCGGCCAAGGGGCCCCUCCUGCCUUCCGAUGGGCCCCAAUCGGAAGACCAGGGACCUCUCACAAACGGUACCUCCCUCGAAGACCGUCCCCCACGCAUCAAUGGCGUGCCACCUUCCAGCAAAAAAAAUCCAGAGGACGAGAAGAUCCAAGAAUACUUGCAACGGAGCGACACGGCGGUCAUCUUUCCCGAACCGGUAGGGGGCACAAGCCCCAAACAGGGAGAAGAGAAAACCUCGCAGUCCCCAGAACCAGCACCUGUUAUAGAGGAACCCAAGGUUCCUAGCGAAUACCUUCUGAAAUGUCCCCACUGUGAGCAAGUCUUUUCCGGCCAACAGGCUAUUCAUGAGCUCAAGGAUCAUUUGUGCCAUUCCCAUAAAGAGGCCGGUCCUCCAGAACCGAGCUUUGUGUGCCAAAAAUGCAAUGCCCCUUUCACUUGCAAAGAGAAUCUUGCCAAGCAUAAGCUUUUUCAUGCUACAAAUGGACAAGGCUCAACAGUUGCCAAUGAUGAAAGUGCUGUACUGCGCAAGUUCAAAUGCAACGAAUGUGGAAAAGCUUUCAAAUUCAAGCAUCACCUGAAAGAACACAUUCGAAUUCAUAGUGGGGAGAAACCCUUUGCCUGUCCAAAUUGUGGGAAAAGGUUCUCGCAUUCUGGGUCUUACUCAUCACACAUGACCAGCAAGAAGUGCCUCGUUGUUAACCUCAAGGUGCGCAAAGUGGAUAGUCGCUCACCUCGAGGUCGUGGAUCUACACAGAACAAUUCUUUCCGCCCAAUCAUUCCCAAUAUGCUUCCCCUGGUGCUGGUGGAGGCGCAACCGGUGGUCCCGAUAUGCCACUCGUACCUGCGGUACAUGCCUUCAUCUGAGAGAUUUUCUAGUUUUUCUGGCCGACUCCAACAGCCGUACUUGCCAAUUAAUUUGCACCCUUUACUUGCGAGCCAACCACAUUACCAUUUGCCCAUAGGAGCCUUUUCAGAUGUAACACAUUUAUUGCAGCAGCGUAGAUAUGAAAAUAACUGUCCGCCAAACGCAGAUCAUCAAGCUCACUCUCAGCUUUCACCACAUCUUAUACCUACUUCCUCAGCUCUUCUUGAAAAAUCAGAGGAUUCACCUGUUUCCAGCCCAAAACCUCCAGGAGAGAUAAAGAAAAUUCUGGAAAUCGUUGAUAACACUGUUUCAAAGCAGCAGCAGUCUCCUACGAGGCCUAGAACAAAUGGGCUUCUAUCUGAACUGCUAAGUGCUGCACCUCAUCCAUUAGUCAAGUCUCCACCACCGCACUUCGCAGCUUCUAUUGAUACUCGAUGCCGCUUUUGUUCCAGCCUCUUUGACAGUAAAAUUGAUCUCCAUCAGCAUGAGAGAUAUCUUUGUCCUCGCAAUAUAGAACUUCGGACUAAACAGUGGGAAUCAAAAUUUUUCCAACCGCUACAGGAACAGGGUAGCGAUGGGGAAUCAGGAGAAGAAAGCAGACUUCGAACAUCUCCUUCCACUCUUAGUGUGGACUGUGUUCUCACAUUGAAAGCCCAUUACCAAAUCAACCCUCGUCCAAAGAAAUCUGAAUUGAUUAGACUCUCGCGGGAUCUUAAAUGUCCGACACGGACCGUGCAGGACUGGUUUCAUAGUCAACAAACGCGAAGCAAAGAAUUUCCUUCGAAUGGAGAUAUGUCACACAGUCCCCCACCUCAGCACCAGCAGAAUUCAGGCUUGCCUUUUCCGUCUGCUGUUGUGCCUCAUUGCAAUGGUCACUCGUUUUCGGUUGCAGCUGUACCUCAUUACAAUGGUGCUAUAUCAUCUAGUAAUCAGAUAAUUCCCUUUCGACCGAUGGUUAACUGUUCUCCAAAUGUGGACAUGCCCAGUCAUGAAGAAGACCAGCCUCUUGAUCUAUCAGUUAAAAUGAGGCGCGAGGAAGAACUGCAUCACCAAGAGAGCAGCACUUCCAAUAAUCUACCAUCUCCAACACAGUUUGAAAGUGAAGUUUUGAACCUCAGUCAGAGGUCUUCGCGCACACCUCCGAAGGUAUCCAGUCCGUAUCCCAUCCAUAGUCGAAGCAAUCAUCAGCCUCGUGUGAUCCCUCAAAAUGAAGAUACUAGUCGGGAUACCUCUCAAAAUCAUCUGCACUCUUCCCUUCUGUACAAAUACAUGCAGAUGGGUACUUCAAACCGUCGGCCGUCACCACCGCGGGAAAAAUCACCAAUUAUUGUGAUGCCUUCCUCUCCGAAUAGGUCCCCACUUCACACUGAACCACCUCAAAGCAUGCCAUCACCUGUCAGUGCCAGCUAUGUCGAUAACAGCAGUAGUCCUAGUGGAACAACAGGCUCCUAUUGUCACACGGAUGAACCACCUGACGGAAAUCCAUAUAGUCCCAGUGGAGCAAAGAAACUUCGCAUUUGGAAUCAGGGAGAAGGAGACGAGAGCACAUUAGAAGAUAGUCCUGGAGCUGAGGAAGACUCCUCGGGAGGUUCGGGGAAGAUGAGAAAGUCGUGGAAGUUGCACAAAGUCGAGAGUGAGGAAGGCAUGUAUGCUUGUGACCAGUGUGAUAAAAUGUUCAGCAAGCAAAGCUCUCUAGCAAGACAUAAAUACGAGCACUCAGGUCAAAGGCCACACAAGUGUGACGUAUGCAGCAAGGCGUUUAAGCAUAAACAUCAUUUAACGGAACACAAGCGCCUGCACAGUGGUGAAAAACCAUUCCAGUGCAAAAAGUGUCUCAAGAGGUUUUCCCACUCAGGAUCCUAUAGCCAGCACAUGAAUCACCGAUACAGUUACUGUAAACCCUAUCAUGAGUGAUCUUCCUGUGUUUUAUGCCUCCUUUCCACAAGCCUGAUCUUCGAAUAUUCUCUACGUCAUAUAUUUACCGCAUAAAUAUGCUUUUCAUUAGAUCAUUGGCAUUCAGUAUAAAGAUUGGGUAAGAUUCAGUAUAAAGAAAAUCAAAGUUCUUUUUUUAAUUUUCCAAAACGUUUCAGAGAAACUCGCUUGAAAUGUGAAGAGACCUUGCAGAUUUGUUAAUAAAUCCCUUCUUUAUAUGUGCUGUUGAACUUUAUCAGCUUUGUAUUAUUUUUACACUGCAUUCAUUGUUAAGUUGCUAGGUAAAACUGCUUUUGUAAAAGGAAAAUCAGUAAAUAUAUACUGAUGGUCAGCAAAAUUAAGCAGUGUUAUAUAAUUAUGAAAAAGAGCACUAAAUUUCGUACAAAAAGUUUUAUAUGAAGGCUGAAGGUGAUGCAUACCAUAUGAAAAUGGUAUGAAAAUAUAAUAGCAUUAUUGUUUAAUGUUUUUGUUUUUAUUUUUGAGAGAAUUUAAUUGAUGUGAAAUUGUUCAACUAUAUAUUCCUUGCUGUAAACCAAAGUAAUGAUAUAUUCACAACGAGGAUACUGUAAUUUAGAUGAUAUUUCUUGAAUAUUAUGAAUAUUUUUUAUUUCUAAUGAAAAUGUAGGAUCUUGAAUGGACACAGAAAAAAAUUCUUUGUGAUCUUAAAAUGCGCUUCACAAGAUCCAUAAUUAUUUUUACAAAAUGAUGUAGGAAUUAUUUGUGGUUUUGUUACUGAUUUUUUUUUUCUGAACGUUAAUAUUUGCCUGCAUCUUUGUAAAUUACUUAUUGUAUGUUUAGAGCCUUUAUGUGGAAUAUAAUAUGAUGCUCUAUAUUUCUAGUGUGCUAAGAAAUUUGUAAAACUAUAUUUCCAAGUAUGUUAUGUUGUAAAACCAUGAUCUUAUGUGUUUCUAGCUAAUUAUACGGUGGCCUCUAUUCUUGUACAAAAAUAUAUGGAUUCUGUAUCUAGAUCUGAUUAUGUAUGCCAAAGAUUGCGUAUGUUUUUUUGUUAUGAUAUCUGUUGAUGAUUUGUUUUAAGUUUAGAAUGUAGCUUCAUGCAUACUGAGAUUGUUGCUGUC